CUCAAGAUGUCCAUGCUGGCAGAACCUCGUCGUAAGCAAAAGUGGUCGGUGGACCCCAGGAACAGCACGUGGAGCAACGAUGAGUCCAAGUUCGGCCAGAAGAUGUUGGAGAAAAUGGGCUGGUCUAAAGGAAAGGGCCUUGGGAAGAGUGAGCAAGGGGCCACGGAGCACAUCAAAGUCAAAGUAAAAAACAACACACUGGGUUUGGGCACCACAGCCAGCAAUGAGGACAACUGGAUCGCUCAUCAGGAUGACUUUAAUCAGCUGCUUGCUGAACUUAACAAUUGUCAUGGACAGAACAGCAAUAAUGAGCCACCACAAGAACAGAAUCAAAACUUCAGCCUGGAGGAAAAGUCAAAGAUGUCGAGAAAGAGGGUCCACUACAUGAAAUUCACCAAAGGGAAGGACCUGUCCAGUCGCAGUGAGACAGACUUGGCUUGCAUCUUUGGGAAGAGAACCAAAGCGUCAAAAGACCAGGAUGAGGGGAGCAGCGGACACGAUUCACAGGAGGAGGAGAAUGAAAAGGAGGAGGCCGAGGAGGGCAAAGCGGAAUCGGAGGCGGAAUCCAACACUGUCACCAGCUCCCUGACCAUGCAGGAGUACUUCGCCCAGAGGAUGGCCCAACUGAAGAAAGGCCUCUCGGCCGGCUCCUCCCCAGUCUCCACGCCGGGGGUCAGGAGCCCAGCCCCGUCCCCGUCACCUACGCCUGGGUCCACAGAAGACUCCCAGAACGCCAGCGAUGCGGAGCUGACGAAGAAGAAGAAGAAGAAGAAGAAGAAGGAGCGGACGAGCGGGAGCGAGGAUGGAGAGGCAGGUGGUGUUUCCACGGCCUUGGGAGGCAAUGAGGAGUCCCAGGACCAAGAGCUUGUCUGCUCAGAGGAGAGGAGGAAGAAGAAAAAGAAGAAGAGUAGGAAGAAUGAGGGGGAGGGAGAGGAGGAAGCUGGCGUGGAGACGGGAGGCGCGUCCGCGUCGGCGGAAGGGAGUGUCGGUGAAACCGUCCGUAGCCCGAACACGGAGAAGAGGAAGAGAAAAAACGAGGGCACAGAUCUAGAGAGGAUGAACGUUAAAACACAGAGUGAAGAUGCAGAGGUUUCUGAUAAAAAGAGGAAAAGAAAAAAGAAAGAUCAGGAGGAGGAGAAGGAAGAAGUAACAGUUCACAAAAAACCUAAAAAAGACAAGAAAAAGCGAAAAAAGGAUGAAUGUUAGGGUUGGGGGAAGAGGAAUCAUGAACUGCAUUUAAACAUAAAUGUCUGUCUAGACAUGAGUUCAAUGCAUCUCUUCCAACAAUAUUUAUGGCAGGUUUUUGUAACUGUCGUUCACCGUGUGUUUUAUAGUGAUCGUUAUAUGUGAUCUUGGGUGUGUUUUUAUCACCAAACAAUGAAAUAUCAUUA